AUGUCAAAACUAACUGAGUAUCGCUUAUUGUCCUUUGAUGUGUACGGAACUCUCAUUGACUGGGAGACCGGGAUUCUAGAAGCCUUGAAGCCACUGCUUUCGCAGCUGGAUGAAAGCAACAAGCCGACACGCACGAAGAUCCUUGAUGUAUAUCAUGUACUUGAGAAGGAACAACAGACCAAAACACCAGACAUGCCCUACUCGCAGUUACUAGCGACAGUCUAUCCUAGAUUGGCUGAAAAAUUCGGCCUCCCAAAGGCUUCGACGGAAGCUGCUGAAACCUUCGGCAACUCUGUCGGGAAAUGGCCCGCAUUCCCAGAUACGGUGGAUGCUUUGAACCGAUUGCACAAGUAUUACAAGCUGGUGGUAUUGUCCAACGUUGACAAGGGCUCGUUUGAGAGAACCAAUGCGGGGCCUUUAGGAGCCGUUAAGUUCGACCGCAUCAUCACCGCACAAGAAAUCGGCAGCUACAAGCCGGAUCUGCGCAACUUUGAGUACAUGUUGAAGACGGUGAAGGAGGAGUUGGGUGUCGAUAAAGCUGAGGUCUUACAAACAGCGCAAAGCCAGUUUCAUGACCAUGGCCCGGCCAAGAAGAUGGGGAUCAAGUCAGUGUGGAUCGAGAGGAAUGGAACAAUCGGAAAUCAGGACGAGUUGAUCUUUGAUUGGAAGUUCAAGACGUUGGGUGAAAUGGCUGAUGCGGUGGAAAAGGAGUAG